AUGUCCGCAGGACUUGGCCGCAUCCUACAGGGUAGGGCUGCCUACAGGACAACAGCUGCACUUCGCUCCUCUUCUACCAGAGCAUCAACAGGGCGCGUACUCCCAACAACAACAACAACAACAACAGUACGCGUCGGUAUCUCUCAAGGAGCACAACUGCCACAGACUCAAGUCCGACACAUAUCUGGAACAACAACCGACGCAAAGUCGGCAGCUGCAGCAGCCUCAUCAGCAGUGCUGAACUCCACUUCAACCCCUUCACUCCGAGAACUCUUUGACAGCCCUCCAGUCUCCUCCUCCCGAUCCCGACUCGCCUCAUCAGUCUCACCGGAGGGGCUCUUUCUCUACCCGAAUCUCAAGACCCCGGAGAAGUUUCUGGAUUCGGUGAAUGCGGCGAUCGCGCGUGGCCAUUUGUUGGUGGAGCGGAUCGCGCAUGCGCCGGAGCAGGAAGAUGGAGGACAGGAGAUGCGGAAGGUGAUCAAGUUGUUUGACCGGUUGAGCGAUGUUCUGUGCAAGGUUAUUGACGCUGCGGAGGUUGUUCGGUGUUUGCAUCCGGACCCGGCUUGGAGACAGGCUGCAGAGACUGUCUAUGAGGAGCUCUUUUCGUGGAUGAAUACUCUCAACACCGAUCCUAGGCUCUACGAGGUGCUGCAUACGGUGUUGAACACGCCGGCGAUCGAGUCUGGACUUUCGGAGGCAGAGCGUCAAGUCGCAUUGGUGUUCUUGCGGGAUUUCGAAAAGUCGGGUAUUCAUCUCUCGGACGCCAAGCGAGCACAGUUUGUGGCGCUGUCGGACAAGGUCGUCAGUCUGGGCAGGGACUUCAUGCAGAACUGCUCGAAGCCAGGACCAGGACCUGCUCACAUCUUGGUCAGCCCCCCCUCUCGACUCCAGGGACUGUCUCCAGGAUACAUCCAACGGGUCACCAAAACCAACAAGCUGGGAGAAAAGGUCGCGGUUGUACCCACAUCGGGCUGGGAGUCGCAGAUGGUGUUGAAGCAUGUCGAGGAUGAGGAUGUUCGACGGGCCAUGUAUGUCGCCAGCAUGGCGGAGGACAAGUCUAAGGUUGCUGUUCUGGACGAUCUGCUCAGGACACGGUAUGACUUGGCACAGCUGGUUGGACUUCCAAGUUAUGGACACAUGUUCUUGGGCGAUAAGAUGGUCAAGAACCCAGAGAAUGUCAGUGCGUUCCUGCAUACCCUCGGAAAGAGCCAGGAAGCUGCCGUCAAGAGCGAGCUGAUGCUGCUGCAAAAGGCCAAGCGGGUGGCGACUAGGGACAAGGAUGCACAACUCGAGGCAUGGGAUCGGGAUUUCUAUGUCCGUCUGGUCAGCAGUCGGACGAACACGAUACCCCACGGCGACUCGAUCUCGGCCUACUUCUCGGUCGGAACGACGAUGGACGGACUUUCGAAACUGUUUUCGCAUCUCUAUGGAAUCAAGUUUGUGCCUGGAACCGUCCAGUCAGGAGAGACUUGGCAUGAUGAGGUCCAGAAGCUGGAUGUGGUCGAUGAGCGGGAAGGGCUGAUUGGAACUAUUUAUUGCGACUUUUAUGGACGCCAAGGUAAGCAAUUGAAUGCUGCCCAUUAUACCGUGCGGUGCUCUCGUAGAGUAGACGACGAUGACGAGGAGCAUGAUAUUGCAGAGGGAAUGACACUUCGCGAGGGGAUCGAGUUGGCCAAGGCGGAUCCUGGUGUCAAGAUGGCUGGAAAGGAGGGUCGGUACCAACUUCCAUUGGCGGUACUCUCUUGCGGAUUCUCUCGGCCACCUGGCGGCAAGCCAGCACUGUUAAACUGGGUCGAGGUCGAAACCCUCUUCCACGAAAUGGGACACGCCAUGCACUCUAUGAUUGGAAGGGCGGACUACCACAAUGUGUCGGGAACAAGGUGCCCGAUCGACUUUGUGGAGAUUCCUUCGAUUUUGAUGGAGCACUUUUUGGCUGACCCCGCCGUUCUGGGACUCUUUGCGACCCACCACCAGACAGGAGCACCUCUGCCCGCAGGACUGCUGAUGGCACACCAGGCCAACCGCUCAACCUUCCAGGCGAUCGAGCUUCACUCUCAGAGGUCAAUGGCGAUGUUGGAUCAGUUGCUCUAUUCGCCUGUGGUCGGAUCGCCUUCGUUCAACUCGACAGCGACUCUCGAGAACUUGCAGCACGCUACAGGGAUUGUGCCACCAGUGUCCGGUACCGCAUGGCAGACCGGGUUUGGACACCUGUACGGCUACGGAGCAGGAUAUUAUUCGUACCUCUUUGGACGGACGGUGACUUCACAGAUCUGGGAGACUGUCUUUAGGUCAGCACCAACUUCGAGAAGUGCGGGAGAGAGGUUGAGGGAACAUGUGUUGAAGUGGGGUGGUGGUAAGGAUCCUUGGGAGUGCCUGGGUGGCCUGUUGGAGGACGAUCGGUUAAUGAAGGGGGAUCAAGAGUCGAUGAAGAUUGUUGGCGACUGGGGAGCCAAGACCCCUUUGUAG